UGUCACCAGAAUAAAUAUUUGUGUCAAAAUAACCUCAAAAGGUUCAUGUAACAAUUUUCGUAAAAUUACGAAACAAAUUGCAUUUAUACGAAAAGAAAACUGCUACUAAGCAUUUAUUUUCAACAAAAAGUCAAAGGUUUAAUAAUAAAGACAUGAAUAUAGCACGAAAACUCUGUACAACCCACCACAGUUAUGUCAGCAAGAACCUUUACCGAAAAUUUAGAUUUUCGGCAAUAAACUCUGAAUCGGCCGCAGCAACACAGCCCCAAGUUAAAGAAGAGAAGUUCAACUUCGAAGAUCUAAACACUUUCGAGCGUUCCGAACGCCGCAAAGCAAAAAUUGAACCAUUCAUGAAAAACAUCUUCACCUCUUACUUCGACCGCAAUAUGCUUGCUUACCCCGAGAUUCUAAACAAAGAAGAGACCGAAGCACUCGAAAAAAGAGUCACAGCCAUCACCAACGUGUUUACAGACCCGAAAAAGACAGCUGAAGAUCGCAAAAACAUACUUAAAGACACGAAAAUGUAUGCGGCACCUAUUUCUUUGACGCGGAACGGUCUUGCAAGCAAUAUAACAGAAAGUUUAAGGUACCUAGAGGCUAUAUCGACUGAUUUUAAACUGGGCCAGGAGAUGAGUGACCACUGGGUGGGGCUGUUACUGCUGCAAGCAGGUUUGACGCAAGAGCAGUUGUCUAUGAUUGUCGAUGAAUUAAUCACGGGUGAUAAUCUGAUCUCCUUGGGUAUUAAGGAAAGAGUUGCGGAGAGGAUAUCUCAAGCUGAUUUUAGGACUUUCGCUGAGAUGGAUGGACAAGGAAUCUGGCGCAUAUCAGGUGAGAAGAUAUGCCAGUUCAACAAUGGCUUCAUACUGGUGCUCUCGACCGUGGAGGCGGAACGUCUCAAGAUGUUCCUCGUGCAUCCCGGAGCUGCUGGUGUCAGCAGCAAUGGUUCUUUUGUUAGUUUUAUGAAGACUCCUGGUACACCACUAGACGCGGUCCCAGAGAACAAGCUAGCACAAAUACUAGGUCUAUCUCGUUUAUACGCCGCCUCGCUCUCCCGCUGUCGACUAACCAGCGCCAUCCGCAGUGUUGUGGAGUACACCAGGCCUAGGGCUUUUACUGGCAAGCCCCUAGCAGAUCUAACAACGAUUCAAUCGACAAUAGGCUCUGCGCUCCUACAAGUGUACGCGAGCGAGAGCGCCGAGUACUUCACAGCCGGCCUGCUGGACGGCUACACGGAGCCUGAUGCUGAACUGGAAGUCGCCAUGUGCAGGAAUUUCAUAGCAAACCACGGCGUACAUACGAUGCUGGACCUCCUGUCAGUGCCGGCGCUGGACAAGGAAGAGGAAUGUAAGCUGUAUCUGGAUAAUAUGAGGCAUUUAGCCACGAGGGGCGAGAACUUGGAUAGUGUUAAUAUGUUUAUAGCACUAACAGGGCUCCACCACGCCGGCAAGUCGAUGGCUGAGGAGGUGAAACAAAUGCGCAACCCACUGAUGCAUCCCACAUUCAUAUUCAAAAAGGUCUUCGCUAACAGGCAUCAGGAAAAAGACGACCCCAAACUGACUCUGCACCUCUCAGAACACUUGCACCCCACACUGAAGAUCCCGUCGGAACAGUUAGAGUACUGCGUGCUCCGCAUGAGAUACGCCUGCGAGACGCUCAUGGCGAGGCACGGCGUCAACGUCGACAGCGCUUAUACGGAACUGAGUCGGCUAGCUGAGGCAGCUACAGAGAUUUUAGUGAUGACUGCAGUACUGGCGAGAGCUUCAAGAGCAUACUGCAUAGGCCUAAGAAACUCCGAAAUAGAGAUGAAGUUAGCCGCCUGUUUCGUAGAAAAGACUAAAGAAAGAGUCAAGAAACUUAUCAAGGAAAUAGAUGAUGGACAAUAUCUGAACUUGGACCAUUUUACCGUACAAUUCGGUAGGAAAGUACUGGAUACUAAUACUACGUUAGCUGAGAAACCUACCGCUAGAGUGUUUUGGUAAGAAAAAGUAGGGAAAAGAGGAAUAUAUUUAAUUUUAUGGUAUGUUGUAAAUAAAACUAGUUUUAAUAUUU